AUGGGCAUCUCAGGACUUCUCCCACUGCUGAAGUCAGUCCAGAAGCCAGGCAGUCUUAAGAAAUAUGCAGGCCAGACUAUUGGUGUUGACACUUAUGGCUGGCUGCACCGUGCAACUGCUGCCUGCGCCAUUGAUCUGGCCCUAGACAAGCCCACCACAAAAUAUGUCGAUUUUGUCAUGCAUCGUGUUCGCAUGCUCAUCCACUUUGGUGUUACCCCUUACCUCGUUUUCGAUGGCGACAAUCUCCCAAGCAAGGCAGGUACCGAGAAGGGUCGAAGAGAGAGAAGGAAAGAAAGCAAGAGGCUGGGAUUGGAACUUUUGAAAGUUGGCAAGGUAGCCCAGGCGCAACAGGAACUUCAGAAGAGCGUAGAUGUGACGCCAGAAAUGGCGCGAAUGGUUAUUGAAGAGCUGAAAAAGAACAACAUCCAAUAUGUUGUUGCACCAUACGAGGCCGAUUCACAGCUUGCAUAUCUCGAACGCAAGGGAAUCAUUAACGGCGUGCUUUCAGAAGACUCCGAUUUGCUCGUCUUCGGAGUCAAGUGUCUUAUCACGAAGCUAGACAAGUAUGGAGAGUGCAUUGAGGUCAACCGGAAUCAUUUCACAGCCUGCAGAGAAGUCAGUUUCGUAGGCUGGUCCGAUGCCGACUUUCGAAGAAUGGCCAUCUUGAGCGGUUGUGACUACCUGCCCGGUAUAGGUGGGCUUGGUUUGAAGACUGCCCAUCGAAUGCUACGCAAACACAAGACUGUAGAUCGUCUUGUCAAAGCCGCCCAGUUUGAUGGAAAGCUUAAAGUACCUGCUGGGUUCAUGGAAUCGUUCGACCAAGCAGAGAAGACAUUCCUUUACCAAUGGGUCUACUGCCCAGUUGAAGAGAAGCUUGUCAACCUAACGCCGCUUGGUGAUGGGGUAAAUCUUGCCGACAUGCCGUACAUCGGAGAGGAGGUCCCACCCCACCUUGCCAAAGGUGUCGCUUUAGGCGACCUGUAUCCGCGUUCGAAGCUUCCAAUGGAAGUUGCUGGCAAGUCUAAAUCCAACAUCCAGCCGCUGGCCCCCUCCCGACGGUCUUCAGCGAUUAUGCAAACGCCCGAUGCAAAGAACAUGAAGUCAAUUGACUCCUUCUUCAAGCCCAAGCGCACACCCUUGGCUGAGUUGAGCCCGAACCUCUUUACUCCUUCACCAAGCCAGCAAGUCUUGCUUGAGCAACAACGUACCAGUAGUGGCUGGGCUGCAGUGCCAGCUCCAAUUUCGCGACUACAACAACAGUAUCCUCCACCUCCCAGUACGGCACCCCAGCCCCGGCGUACAAUAACAGAUCCUAUUGGAGGCCGGCGGUCGGUCCCUCCGUCCAAGAGACCCCGGCUUUGUUCGGAUUCUGUAUUCGACACUCCUACCGCUGGCGGUGAAGAUGUUGUGCGAAGUCAGUUCUUUGCAUCAUCCACGCCAGAACCAAGUCCAACGUUACAUCGUCGGAAGAAGAGCAGGAGAAAGACCGACCAGGAUAUUCAACUUUAUUCGGACGACUCAAUCCAAGAAGGAGAAGUGGAAGCUGCUGAUUUGGAGCAGACUGCAUCUCAGCGGAAGAACAAGUUGCGAGUCUUCAGUGAUGUGCAGUCAAGUAUAAGUAGCGAAUCACAGUCAACGACAUUUUCGAGAGGUAGUACGGCUCAAUCUCAAGAGACCGCCGGUACAUCCACGCCGGCAUCAUCUCCCGGCAGCCCAGAACCAGAGUCAUCCUUUAGCGCAGCGAUAUCUUCUCAACUCAGCGAUUUGCGGUCAAAAUUUACCUACAAGGCCCCAGGCAUCCCUUCGCCGACAAAAACAAUGCCCCGGGUUCCUAAAGCUCGUCUUGAUAGGCAAACUACUGAGGCUUCGCGGCCUACGCCACUGUCGCUCGAGUCUGGUUCAGCAUCUCUUCCCGAGACACCUGCAGAAUCAAUUCUCCCUGGUACGCCGCCGCCCGCAGAUGAAGAAGUGGAUCUGGUGGACUCUGCUUGGGCAGCUAUGGAGUCUGAGGUUGUUGUUGCUGCAAGUUCACCGCCUCCUGUAACGCCUGCGAAGCGGAGGCGAUCGUCGUUGAAAGGAAGCGAAGAUCUGCUUGUACUAGAUAGUGAUGUGGAAAGCGUGUGUUCGCCGCGGAAGCCCAUGUUUAAUCUUGCUCGUUUUGCAUUUGCCGGAUAG